AUGAACUACUACAUAGCAUACCCAUUCAAUUUCAUAUACGGCUCAAUCAGCUUUGCGAUUGGGUUGGCAUUUUCAUUUUUCACUUACCCUUUCCGAUAUAUCCCCGUACUCACUAAUCUAUCCUACUCCAUCUUUCUUACACCAAUUGUCAAGCUAUUGGAUAUCAUCGUUUAUUCGAUAACUUUGCCAUUCAAGCCCGCAUUGUACCUAUUGGGGAUAGAUGUAAACAAUUUGAGAGAAGUUGUGCCUCAUGUGGAAUUUUUGGUGGCGAACUUGUACCAAUUUGUAGCAGUCGCUGUUUUGGUUGGAAUAAUCUUAGGUGUGUUAACAGGUUUAACCCUUGGAUUAAUUAGUUUUGUGUUGACACCAAGAAAUACUAAACAUAACUUGGUGUCGCACCAAAAGCAGCAGCCCCUCGGACAAUCGCAGCAGGAAGCAAGGUCGCAGUUGCUUCCCCUGCAUCCUCUUAUCGCAAACAUCCCGAAUAAGCAGCUACCUCUAUCGUUUUCAGACUUCAAGAUAGAUAUAAAAUACGAUACUCCAUCUCCUGAAAGAAGGAGUAUACAAGAGGAAGAGGAAAUUCGAGGCUUACCUGAGCCAGUGCAACCUAAAACAAUUGAACUUUCGCACCAUCCGAUGAAAAGAAGUUCAGCAAUCGACUAUCAUCAUGAUACUGACUUGAAAAACAGAUUCGACAAUGAUUCUUCAUUGAAAACCGAAAAUGAUUUGUUCACUGCAAGGACUGAAGAUACCGACAUCACAUAUGCAACGAACCAAAUUAAAAACUAUUCUAAAUAA